AUGACUCACCAGAGGCAGGGCGGUAGCAGUGCAGCGCAGCGCAGCGAAAACGAGCACUUCGUCCAAGCGUGGCUCCGUUCCACAUACGAGCCGCUACCGCCGAGCGACAACACUGCGUGCGAAGCGGCCGAGCUGUACCGGCAGUACCUGGCGUGCUGCGGCAAGCUGGGCAGGAAGGGGGUCAUCGCGCCCGCACACUUCCCCCGGCUAGUGAGGUCAGUGACCCGCCCGGGGCACACAGCAGCGAGCGACCACAGCGCGUGCGAGGCGGCCGAGCUGUACCGGCAGUACCUGGCGUGCUGCGGCAAGCUGGGCAGGAAGGGGGUCAUCGCGCCCGCACACUUCCCCCGGCUAGUGAGGUCAGUGACCCGCCCGGGGCACACAGCAGCGAGCGACCACAGCGCGUGCGAGGCGGCCGAGCUGUACCGGCAGUACCUGGCGUGCUGCGGCAAGCUGGGCAGGAAGGGGGUCAUCGCGCCCGCACACUUCCCCCGGCUAGUGAGGACUGUGUUUGGAGGAACAGUGGGCCCGAAUAACGUGACCACCUCGACGGGAGAGACUCAGCAAUGUUACAUCGGGAUUCGGUCAAGAAAUCCACCGCCUAGGACCAAUCCACCGGCUGGUCCAGCGUCGCCAAUACUCAAAGCGCAGUUAACGAACAAACCCACGGGCACAGCUGAAGUGAAGCAAAUAGUUGCCACACCACAGCCACAAGCCCAACAACCAGCUCCGACGCACCCACAUCUCUCCCAAGCGCUGGAAUCGAACCCGUCCAACACGACCCUCAUCAAACACCUGCUCGCCCACAAAGUAAGCCCCGCCCCGCCGCCGCAAGUUGCGCAGAGACAACAAAGUCAGCAGAGAGUGACCCCUGCAGCUAACACAGUUGUAGUUCAGAAUAAUCAGGUAUUGGAUGUAGACCCAGAAGCCCUUAUCAAGUGCACGACCAUCACACCAGGUGGCGUCGCGAGUAGCACACCACCUGCUGAAAAGGUUUAUAUUAACGCUGCAGAUGAUUCUUUGGUCAUAAAAGAGGAACCAGUACAAAUUCAAAUCGACGAGCAAACGCAGUUGACAAUCAAAACGGCUCAGAACAAAAUGCUCGCCGACUUGCUAGAGAAGAAAUCUAACCCUCCAGUGCAAGUUGUCCAAAUGGGGCCCCAACUGAACGCUCCAACUAUACAAAUAACCGAAACCGGCCAGAUAGUGCAAGUGAAGACGGAAAACGAACCAGUAUUACAACUAAACGACCCUAUGGUCCCUCAGACUAAUCAAUUCUUCCAAAUAAAGAACGAUCAAGGUCAAUUGAUCCAACUCAAGAACGACCAAGGUCAAUUGAUCCAGCUCAAGAACGAUCAAGGUCAACUGAUCCAGAUAAAGAACGAACAGGGUCAGAUUAUACAAUUGAAGAGUGACCAACUACCGGGAGCCAUGUUGCAGUUCAAGAAUGACCAAGGUCAUAUAGUCCAGGUCAAAAAUGAUGCACAGAUAAAUCUGCAGAGCGGUCAGAUUAUACAGCAAGCUGUGAUGCAAGCACUGAAGACUGAAAAGGACAUGAUUGUGGACACCGUCGUCACCGACCACUCGUAUACGGAACCGCCGACCAAAAAGAUCAAGCUUGAAGACAAGAAAGAUGGUAACACCGAAAGCGUUUCGAAGACAGCGGCAAAUCUUUAUGCUGCUCUCGCUGCAUCUGCUCUUGAAGAUGAAGACUUGAUACCUCCAAAAACUGAACCAGAUAUCCCACAAUCUGUUUUAGUAGCAGGCACUGGAGAGAAUGCCUCUCUCAUUAUCCAGGAACCCAUUUUACAGGUGCAGCAACCAUCGCUGCAAGUGCAGCAACCGACGAUGCAAGUGCAACAACCGACAUUGCAAGUGCAACAACCGACACUGCAAGUGCAACAACCAACAUUGCAGGUGCAGCAACCGACACUGCAGGUUCAACAACCAAUGUUGCAGGUACAACCGAUGGACGUCCAAAACAUCAUCGCAUCGCAAUCUGGACAAAUCAUCCUGCAAGAAAAAUCCAUGCCAUCACAACAACCGCAGUUUGUCCAGCAACCGAUGCAGAUUAUCGCUACACCAGGUGGCUCGCAAGGAGGUUUGAGCUACAUAACUCAAAACUUGCAAGGCAACAUACAGAUGCAGAAAACUAUCAUCAUAGUACAAGGCCCUGCUGGUGGAGGUCCCUUAACUUUAACGGUGAACAACCCCGGGGGCCUGGACGAAGCGACGUUAAACAGCCUUAUUACCCAGGCGACAGAGGCUAUAACGCAACAGCAAAUAAUACAGAACUCGGGCGUGAUACAGACCGCUCAGAGGGUGAUUGUGAGCCAGCCGACCCUUGUGAGCACGUCCCAACCGAUCACUGUGGUCAAAACGGCCAUAGCUCAGAACACCCCCCAAAUAACGCCAAGUCAGCAACCAAUAAUAACCACGCAACCGCAACCACACAAGGCGCAAAUCGUCAACCAGCCUCAAGGUCAGCAGAUAGUGGUUACACAGAAACAACCACCAGCGCUGAUCAGUACCACAUCUAGCAACCAAAUAGGGAACCAGCAGAUCAUACAAGGCGGUCAGCAAAUUAUACAGGGCAACCAACAACUGAUUCAAGGUGGUCAGCAAAUUAUAACUGGCAACCAACAGAUUAUACAGGGGAAUCAGCAGUUGUUACAGGGUAACCAGCAAAUCAUAGCUGUCUCCAACAACCAGCAGAUCAUAGUAAAUGCUCCGAUGAAGCCAGGGGUCCAUAGAGUGGUCCAACAACCUCAGAGGAGCCAAGUGGUGACCAACGUGCAGCCGACCAUAGUGCAGACUUCGGUUGUGCAGAGCGAUACCAAAACCAGUGUUAUACAGACUAGUGCGCAGAAACCGCAGCAAGUGAUGAGACAAGUCAUCACCAGGCAGCCAGUCAUGGUGGGAAACACCAAGAUCGGCGAAAAAGAGAUGGUUGUCACGCAGCCUGUUACCGAGGUACCAAAGCCUCCUACGCCGAAGCCUACAGCGACGCCGCCGCCGCAAACGCAAAGUUUGCCGGCGCCUUUACAGCCUAAUCAGCAGGACGACACGCCCUGGAUAUGCCAUUGGCGAGGCUGUGGAAAGUCAUUCGCAAACGCAGCAGAAGUGUUCUCGCACGCGGCUCGUGUCCACUGCCCGACCAACGCAGCGGGCGAAGCGCCCUGUCUUUGGUUAGACUGCGACCGGGUGCCGCGCCGGACUUUUGCACUGCUCAACCAUCUUACUGACAAACACUGCAGUGAGCAUGCAUUAAAAGCGAUAUUCAACGCGCGAAGGCACACAGCUGCGGAUUCGGACAGCAACAAGCCAGUUUCUCUCGGCGGCUACCCGCCGAAUGCGGCGCUAGCGGCACUCAACAAACACGCUACAGAUAUGUUCAACCCGAGAGAGCUCAUGAACAGGGCCGAUGUCAGUCGCACGCAGGAUCAGAUGGAUGAGAAUGAGGGUCCAGUGACGAAGAGCAUACGGUUGACUGCGGCUCUCAUAUUGAGGAAUAUCGUCAUUUACUCCAACACAGGAAGGCGCCAACUCCGUUCAUACGAGGCCCAUCUAGCGUCCAUAGCUCUCAGCAACGUGGAAGCAUCGCGGACGAUCGCCCAAGUAUUAUACGACAUGCACAAUAUUUGAGAAGGGCGCGGGCCCCAGGCCCGGGAUAUAGACAAUUAGUGACGUCACACCUUAGAAUUAGUGACGUCAUAACUUAAUACGUUGGCAGUGAGAGCCAUCUAAAGUUUGUGAACAGUGAAAGGUUUAAGUAAGAUCAAAAUAACGCCCGUAUUCACAAACGAUGCUUGCGUGAAGCAGCAAAUCGAACGCACAGCGUUGAAUAGAGGUCUGUGAUUGGUUCGUGUGUCACCCUGUGCGUUCUCGCGCACUGUGAGAUCUCAUAGUAAUGUUUGUGAAUACGGGCGUGUUUUUUUAAGCUUCGGCCAAACCAACGCGUGCUGCUCGCGUCGGCGAUGGCGAUCACUGCGCAUGCAUAGAUCGCCGCGACCAAUGACAGGACGCGUUGAUGUGAACACUACAAAUUCAUACACGACAUCUGUGGCCUAAUUCACGUAUUGUGACAGCCAAGAUCUUGCUGACGUUCAGAAGUCGUCCCAUUGAAAAACAGUUCUAAAUCCGUAUUCAUAAGGGUCAUUUCGAUAGAACGAUUACUCGAUAGGAUCGCAUUCAGCGAUUUGUUGUCGUUGAAGUUUUGUUACGUGAAUGAGGCUAGGCUACUGAUCGCCAUCGCGCACGCAGACUGCACGCGUUGGUUUGGCCGAACCUUUAAACGUUAUAAAUAGUAUUGAUAAGCUUAAUUUGUUAGAAACUAGCAGUGCCUGUUACUUCGCACGUGUGAUUUUUUUCCCAGUCUAUCGUCCAGUUAAAUAAGACCUCACAUUAAAUGGAGCUACCGGUGGAUAAGGGGUGAAGAAAUUUCGGUUCUUCCCAAAAUAAAAUGAUUUCAACUUACGAUAAUAUACUUACCAUCACGUGUGGUUUUGAUUCUACAAGUGAAAUAACUCAAUCUAUGCCUUUCUUUAAUGAUAAGUGUAAUUUUCUAUCAAAUCUAUAUUUUUUUCAAUCAUUAUUUCUGAUGUUCUAAAAACGGCCGAUGAGUGUAAAUGAAGUGAAUAGUGAGAUAAGCUAUAUGACAUUUAUAAUUAUGUGGGCUUAAGGUGUCCAUUAUGUGUCCCACGCUACAUAAUUUAGCUAAUAGCUAAAACUGGUUUGGAUUAGAUUAAAAAGUCAGCUAAACUAAACCUGACUAAGCUCGUAUUAAAGAUUUCUAAGUUUAUUUUUUACUAGUUUACUAAACACGGCACAGAAUUUCAUUUAUUAUGAUUGUUGAGUGUUGUACAGUUAGCAUCAAAUAGUUCGUGACCCCCAGAGUAUAGUUCGUUUCAUCCACGAAGACGCGCCCCACCAAUUUUUGGUCGAGGGAAGCGCGGGGUGCGGGGAGUUUGAUCCGAGCAAUCCGAGCGUCAUUAUUGUAGUGUGCGUGUGCACUCAUGGAUAAUUUAGCGUGUACCGAUAACACUCAAACAUUAGCGGAAGAAUGGUGGGGGCGCGUCUUCGCGAUAGCCCUCAAUGGAAUAAGGUUGUCAUCUUUUUGGCCACUUUGGGCGUCACGGAGUAUUUGACGCUGACUGUAGGUACGAAUAUUUUGCUAUAGUUGUUGCAAUUCACGAAGGCGAGUGAGCUUUACAUGUGUGGUGGCUCGCUACUGUUCAUUUUUCAAAAGUUUUGAUAGACAGAUUUAUCGUUAUGUGCAUGUACACGUACACACACAAGUAAAGCUCACUCGCCUUCGUGAGUUAUAAGAACAUAACUAUCAUUUAAAUAGUAAGUAUUGUACCCAGUGAGAAGCGGACUUAAAAUGAUUGCAUAUAAUCAAAAUGGUUACAUUUAAAAGUAAAAUCUUGAUUAUUAGUUGAAUUUUGUAAGUAUUUCGGUUAGUGUUACUUGAUGAUAUUUUUUUUGCUAAAAUAACUUUUUUACUAUAAACACAACGGGGAAGAAUAUUGACAAAUUCGUUUAUAUUGUAUACAAUCUCAUAAAUACUGUAGUUAUAAGAAUAAAGAGCAUUUGUAACUAAAUAUAGUUUAAUCUUAGGCAAAAAUAUUUUGGAAGUGCUAGAAGAAAAAUAGUUUGGUUGAAUGUCGUAUCUCAUAAUUAGUCCAUUCUAAAAGUAACGAAAUGUAUAGAUUUUUUGUAUUUAUGAUGUUAUUAAUAUAAGAUAUCAUUAACGGCAUGACGAUUUGUCUGUAUUUAUGUAAUUUGAUAAAAUGUUUUAGCACUUUUUUUACAAUUACCUAAGUAAUUUAAUAUUACUCUGUUUAUACUUUACCUAGUGAAUUUGGUACAUUAUGACGUCAUUCAAACUUAAAUUAUACUGUCUAAAAUGUACUAAAUAAUUAUACGUAUAACAUCUUCAUCUAAAUUGUAACAUUUAGUGUGUUGACUUCAAAUAUCAGCAACAUUAUGAUUACUUAACUAAUUUUGAAUAAAAUCUACGAAAAGGCUUAGCCUUACUGAUUACCUUAUCACUU